AUCAAAAACAAGCAUUCACAUUGCCGCACUGCUCAACCAUCUGCGAGAUCAUGAUUUAAGAUACCUUGAAUUGUGGGAUGCAUUAGUCGAGCCGAGGUUUAUAGAUAAUAAGGUAUAAUAAGGCUUAUAGAUAAUAGUAUUAUCCAUAAGGCUGAUAAUAUGUUUAUAGGUCUAUGGUAUAAUCUAUAAACCUUGCCUUCGUGCAACCAUAGAUGUAUAUAAUAUAUAAUUAACAAAAUAUAUGAUCAUUUGAGUGCGGAUUUUCAGGUUUUUAUAUAUAUUUAUUGUCUUUAUGCAGCGCAUCGAGGAUACAAAAUCUGAACGAUUUAUCCCUUACAGAGUUUGUGGAAGAAAAUUUAUUUUGAAUAUUUGAGCAUAUUUUGAAUAUUAGAGAACAUUUAAAUAUAAAUUAUAUAGGUAUAUAUAGAGAAUAUAUUUAAAUAUUAAAUAGUAUAUAUAUUACACAUAACAACGUUGUUGAUAAUAAAAUUUAUUAAAUAAAUAACGUACAAAGCAUAAAUUUGAAAUUAGAAAUCGCUAUCUUGCGGCUAAUAGUUUCGUUAAGUGAGUAGUUUCGAAACUGGUCGGCUACACUUUCUUAACACGUACAGUAUAAACUAGGGCCUCUCUAUACUACUCUAUGGUAUAAUGUGUAUUUUUUUAUUUUUUUUUUACUAAAAACUUAUUUUUAACUUAAGUAACUUUUCUGGUAAGAAAAUUAAUGGUUGGUCUAGGAAAAAAAAAAAGUACGAAGUAUAUACAUUGUCUUUUUUUCCGUGGCUUUUUUCUGAUCACCUAUUAAAACCUUUUGCGUUUACCCAACGUGGUUUUGAUAACAAAUUGGGAUUUAUUUUAGAUUAAAAGUCCAACAUUAACUAGCAUUCGAAUUUUCGAGUAAAACGAAAAAAAAUCCAACACAUACGACACGGAGAAUAACUAAUGAAGCACUGUUUGUUUACUUAUUAAUAUGACUAUUUUUUUUAUAAUUGAAAACUGUGUUAGUUUUGUUCUUUAUUAAAAUUGCUAGUUAAUAAUAAUAAUAAACUAGAUUAAUGUAUAAAUAACCUGCCCUGUAAAAAACGAGUUCUAUGUAAAUUCUUAAAAUAUAUCAAUAGACCUAUACGAAACCGGUUUCAUUACAAAAUACACUAUAUACAAAAAAUAAAGACAUAUAAAUAUAAAAUUGUCAUCAUCUUUGCAGUUUGUACCACAAUAAUUCCUGAUAACCUUGUUAUCUAAAAAUUGUAUGUGGUUGUUUUACUUCAUUUUUUUUUCACAGUCUUUAUAGUAAUAAGUAGUAGCUAAUAAUCACUAUUCGCGGCCCGCGCACCCAUGCCCCGUGUUGUCAUGUCGACGUCGAAUUAUCAUUAUUCACUAUUCAGUGUGAACAACUAAAACAACUGGAUACUACGACAGUGGUAACUGGUAAUACAUUAAUACCAUCCGAAGACCUGAGUUACCCGUUGCGGUCAUCCCACAGUGGGCAGUUGCACUCGCACUAGUCGCAUAACUCGCAGUCGUCAGUUCGUCACUGAUAUUAAGUGUUACUUGUUUUGAUUUCUCUAUGAAGAGUUGUCCGAGUCACCCAACCGUCAUUACAACAUCGUUAUAGUUAACAAAAUCCUGCACUUUUAAAAUGGAGGUAAGCUAUUAGAUGUCAAUAUUUUUAUAUUGUGCUUUGUUUUAAUUUUUUAUUAAAAUGGCAUUCAUUUUUUUUUCUUUAUCAUUGGGUUCACACUAUGAUCAUAGAAUGCCUACGCAUAGAUUGUUUAUAACUUGGGUAAUUAAAGACAUUUUAUAUUUAAUGAGAUUUUCAUUCUUAACUUGCGAGUUAGGUACAUACGUAGAACUUUACAUUAACUUUAUGAGCUACCAAAGUAUUAUGCGAACAUACUUCGAAAUACGUAUAAUCGAUUAGUUUAGGUAAAUAAAUAAUUUUUGAGCUGAGCAAUUUGUAUAUUUUCCAAUAAUAAAAAUGUAUUCUCUAUGCUCAUACUUGAAAUAUAUUUUCAGAAUACCUACAAUAAUUUUGUAUUGGUGCUAAUUUAUUUACAUAUUUUUAACAAAAUGGCUCCCAUUUGUAGUCUGGUUUACCUUGUAUUUCACAACAUGUUAACCCUGGAAAGUUUCUGACAAUUUCGUUGAAAACUUGUUGUUCACAACAAGUUUACAAAUAUAAUCAUUUAAUACUUAUUAAUUUUUAUAAUCGCGAUUAAUAUGUUAAAUAUUUAAAAAUUAAAAGAAAUGAUUGGUUGUAUUAACUAUAACUAUAAAAAUGAACUUAUAAUUUAUACUUUACAUAAUAUGAAUUUAUUUUUUAUUUAACAUAUAUAAUAUAUUUUUUAUCUAUAGAUGUUUAAAAGAAUAGUAGUUUGACAUUAUGUUACCUACAACUGUUCAGAAGUAUAAUACUAUACUAGUGAUGAGUAUCUGCAAAAUUUGAUAUUAUUGACUGUUAAUGAGUAUAUUGGAAUACCAAAUCUGUAUAAAAUAUAUUAUAAAACCUAUAUUUUUAGAUAAAAUGCCUAUAAUAUUUGCAAUAUAAAAAAAAAAAAACAUUAAAAACCUAUGGUUUUCAACCAAAUAUAUAAGUUAAUUUGAAUUUUAGAUAUUGAAAAGGUUAUCGGUUUAUAUGUGUAGCAAAAUAUUGAAUAUUGUAAAUAAAUUAUAUUGUAGCACCAUUUAGUUGUUGUAGUUGAAAUAAAUACAUAUUACCAAUAGCUUACCAUAGUCUACAUUAGGUACACAAACUGUUCAAUGGCUUUUUAAUGUUUUAAUCUUCAUGAAAUUUCUAGGGAAUUUUAAACCUUUAUAUCUGAUUUCUUCUAAAAAAAACAUUUUUGAAGCAAUAUUACACAGGUAUUAGGUAAUAUGAAAAUAAUAAAGUAAAAAUUAAGCUGCAUGCACAUAUCUUGUGUCGCUGUGGUGAGAAUGACGAGAAAAAAAAACACCAAUGACUAUUUUUCACUACAAGGCUAUUCCAAAAAAUGUUCACCCAUAAACCUAUAUAUUUUGUAGAAUAAUUAUCUACCCACACUAAAAAAGCUUAUGCCAUAAGUGUUACAUAUAACACAUUUUUUUAGAAUAAUAAUUGAACCAUUUUUGAAUCUUAAUCUGGUUUAACUUUUAAAAAUUCAAAAAAUCAUCUUCUAUCUUUGUUUGUGUGUUGUGAUAAUCAUCAUUUAAAUGAAUUUCAUAAUAUUCAUUUUAAAAAAUGAUUUAAUAAUAGUAAUAAUUUGCAUGGGUUAAAAUUAAAUACAAAUGAAUUCAUUUAAAGUAUAGCUUUAGCCAUAGAUAUUAUAACAGUUAAUGCUUUAACUGCAUUACAAUUUUGAGUUUGACGUGGACAAUCUUAUGUUGUUUGGUUUACCUAAUAUACAUUUAAAUUAAAUAUUUUCAUCUCCAUUCUUUCCAAGUUAAACAAAAAGCCUUGUAAAUUUAACCCUGUCAUUUAUAAUUAAUUUUAACCUAGAGUAAACUCAUUUUCAUUUCUUUAGAUUAAAAAAACUUCAAAAUGUUAAAAAAUAAAAAAUACUGAUGCGAAUAAAAUCGCUAAACUUAGUUCAUAAAAGAAAUGAACAUACCUAUAAAUAGUCAAAACCGAAAUAACUAGUUACUUUAUUUGUUAUAUUUAAAUAUUUAAUUUACCCAAAGCAACUCAAAGUUUGAAAUUGAUUGAAAAAAAAAUAGUUAUAAACAUAAUUUAUUUUGAUUUAUUUAAUACAUUGACGGACGGACACUUGUAAUAUAAUUUUUACUAUUAUAUUAGUAGUGCUAUAUCUACAUCCAAAAUCUAUGUAAAUUGUCAGUGUGGACUGUUGUAAUGCAGCAGUUUACUGUCUUCUAUGAUUUGAUACCACUGAAAACAUUGCAGUUCAGCAGUAUUGACAUAAUAUGACAUUUUAAAUAUUACUGCUAAGCAGUAAUGUCCGUCAAUGUAUUAAAUUAACACCCAAAAUAGGUAAUGAUUACAAGAAAUAUAACAAGCUUAAAUAUAAUAAUGUACAAAAAUAAAAUAAAUAACUAAUAAGAAAUACAAUUGGUAUUUAAGAAAUAGUUAAGCUUAAUUAGUUUAGCUAGAGAGUCAAGACCAUAGUCAAAAUUCAGUAUGCCAUUACAAUGUUUCAAAAGACGGUAUUCCAAAUUAUUUGCAAUAAAAUAAUUAGAAUACUGAGGAAUCAGAAAGGAAGGAUUGUUCCUAGAAUUAAGAACUGAUAUUCUAAAAUUAAUUUUUUGUAAGAACUCCGGGCAAAUUAAUAGCAAAGAAAUUACCUAACUUAUAAAUAAAAGCUACUUCAUUAUAUAAACAUCUAGAAGAUAAUGAUUCAAGACCAAGCUCUACAACAGUAACGUCCAAACUUACAUUAGUCUUUCCUCAUUUAAAAGUCAUCAAUCUCAAACAAACAAUUCUGUAUUUUAUUGAAUUUAUCAACUAAAUUAAUUUGUUUAGUAUUCCUGACAACUGAUAAUAAUUCUAAUGUCAAUCUAACAAGGGAGCUUUAUAAAACCUUUAAAUAUAUAAUAUUUUUCAAAUUAAAACCAUUACGUUUAAUAAAUCCCAUAACACGUAAUUAAUGCUUUACUGUAUAUUGUAUCAAUAUGGACAUUAAAUAAUAAUCUGAAGACAAUAACACACUCAAAUUAUGAAUAGUAGUUGAUUGUCAAAAAACAUGUUUUAAACAACAUUUUCAAAACUGUGAACUCUUAAAAAACUGUUAUUAAUAUUAUAUAUAUUUUAAUAAUUUUCUUGUUCAACAUAAAGUUUAUUGAAGGUUAUAUGUUGAUCUGAGUUAAGAUUAUUUAUACUUAAUUAAGUAAUAUUUUAACAAAAGCAGAUUUAAUUUUUUUGAUAUAAAUUGUAAAAAAAAAGUAUCAAAUUAUAGUUGAGGACAUAGCUAAAAGUUUUUUUUUUUUGUGUGGCUUUUAAAAAUUGUAUACUCAUUGAUCCGGUCAUUAUUAUGCCCUACCCUAGUAAAAAAAAAUUUGCAUAAUUUUUUAUUACUUUUAUGAAUAGGGUUGCCAAAUAGUCUAUUUUUGCCUGGGUGGUUUAAAAUUAUGAAUAAUGACCGGUUUAUGAUAACCAGCCUCUACCAGCCUAUAAAAAUAUAAUUUCAAAUGUAUCAUUUAGCCAUAAAAAAAAAAUAUUGAUACACAUAGAAGGGAAAUAAAACUGAAAGUGAUAUACAAAACAAUCUUACAUAUUUGUGUAUGUACUGAAUUUUUGAAUAUUGUUAUAGACUUAUUAGUUGCUGCAAGAUUGUGUACAAAUUCCAAAGAUCAUUCAGUAUAAAUAGUGUUCAUAUUUGUAGGUUUAUAAUAUUACAGAUCUUAUUAUAUGAUAUUCGGGUUAAAUAACGUUUUUCAAUAAUAAAACCCAUAUCAAUUUAUAAUAAUUAAAGGAUUGUUAGAAUUUAUUUGAAACUAAUGUUAUUAUUUAAAAAUUUAUGUGUACUGAAUUAUAUUAUAAUUUUUUUUUUUUUUUUGUAGAUUUAUUCAUAAUUUGUCUUAAAUUGAUGUUAGCCUUUUAUUAAAUACAUUGGUUGGUAAUUAAUAUUUUUAAAGUUGGCAACCCUAUUAAUGAAAUAGUCUGUUAUAAAAUUUAAUUCACACGCCUACUAAUUUAUUGUACAUUACCUAAUUUAAAUAACUUUCAGAGUCAGAAAUUAUGAUACAGAAUUUAUUACCUUUUAUAUUAAGUGUUAUUAUUCAUUAAUAUUCAAAUCAAAUGUUUUAUUCUAUGUCCUUGAAUAAAUGUUUUGUAAUUUAUUCAGUUUGGUAGUUUUGACUUAUGUUUCUAAUAUGUAUCUACUUAGUGUAUAUGUGUCUAAGUUGAGGUCUUCAACCUUUUAAGAAAGUAGGCCACCUAUUUUUUAAAAAAAUCCCAUAUUUGUACAAAAAAUUUGGUUUUUAUUUAAAAGUUCAGUUAUAUUAUUAAUGUUAAAAAUAUGUAAAAUGUAUAAUUGUUAUUAUUUUCAUAACACAAUAAAAAAACAGACAACAGCCAAUAGAUAUAUUGUAAUAAAACCAUAUUUUAUAUUAACAAACAACUGACUUAUCUAAUUUAAUUUAUCUCAUAACCUUGGACAUUUAGGAAAAUGAAUCGCUUCACAUUUUGAAUUAGUGAUAAAAAAUUGUUAUAGCCGUUCUAAUAAAAUCAAAUUCAUACAUAAGGAAUUCAGUGGAAAAAGUUGUUUUUUUAUACUUUUAUAUUUUUUAAAUUAUUCAUUUAACAUACUAUAAUACUUUUAUCUACAAAUAAAAAUUACACAUUAUGAAUUAUAUAUCUCCAUAAAUAAUUAUAUUUUUGUUUUGAAAUAUUUUAUGAGUGUAAUAUUUCAAAAAGACAAUAAAUAUAAUGAAAUAAUAUAAAUUUCAAAAAAUAUUAGUUAAAACCUAAAAGAUCCACUGAUCCCACGAGCAAAGGGGCUAGUUGAGCAAAUGGCCAGUUGUCUGGCUUAUGAUAAGCCUUGCGUAUUAAACAUUAAAUGUUAUUUUUAUUAUGUAACAAAAAAUUUACACUGCAUGAGAACUAAAGUGUAAAUUUGUAUUUAUUGAUAGCAAAAUCAUAAUAAAUGUAGACUUUAGUGCAUAAUGUACCUAUCUACAUUGUACAAAGAAUUUCAGAGUAGAAAUUCAUAUAGAUACUUACUGGGAAAUGUUUUUAUAAUCAAUUCUGAUAUUGAUUAACUGCCCAAUAUAUAGAUAGAUCAAAAAUUCUACCAGAAACCACUUUUGAUGUCAAUGUAUCUAUUGAUGCAAAUCUAGUUGAAAUUGUGUAGACAGAAGAAAAAUACAUUUUUAGAUCGGAAUCAAAAGAAAUGUUAUUAUAAUGUGAAACUGUAUUUUAUUUUUUAUUUUUUAGAUUGAAAUUGUUACUACAACUGGCAAGAAUCUUGGUAAAAUAAAUGUAAGAAUGAUUUAAAAAUUACAAUAUUAAAUUAACAUACAUUUUAAUUUUAUUUGUUUGUGUACUGAAUUAUUCAAAUUUAUAUUAGAUAUAUAAUUAACUUUAACAAUUUAAAAAUAGUAAUUAUUAAUUAUUUUAUCCUAUUAUUAAUGAACCAUUUAAUUGUUUAGAGUGUUUUUUCUUAUAGAUUUGUAUAAUACGUUUAAAGUAGGUAGUUAUUAUCAAGUUUAUUUAUUUAUCUCAGGUCUUUAAGAAUGAUUAGACAAUAUUUUAAAAUAUUUGAUUAAUUAAAAAAGUUAGAAAAUAAUAUAGAUUUAUUAUAUUAUUUUUAGGUUACUAAUGCUUCUCAGAUUAGUGAUAUCAAGAAAAGUAUUCAUAAAAUAAAAUCUGCAUUAUAUCCAGACAGGCAGUCUAUUAGACUUGAAUCUAAAGGAAAAGGUUUAAAGGAUAGUGACAAUGUUAAAGAUUUAGGUAAGUUAUAAUAUUAAAUGAAAUACUAAACAAUGUAUCUCCAACAAUCUCUUUAAUUAUUAUUAUAUUUAAAACUAGAUAUGAAAUAAUUGUAAAUUGUAUUAUUAAAAUCAAAGUGUAUUUUAUCACAUGUUAUGUCAAUAAUAUUCUUUUCCAGGAUUAAAAAAUGGAUCAAAACUUUAUGUUAAGGAUUUAGGUCCACAAAUUGGCUGGUCCACUGUAUUUAUGGCAGAAUAUGCUGGACCUUUAUUUGUUUAUUUGAUAUUUUACACAAGACCUAGUUUGAUUUAUGGAGCUAUGUCAAAUCAAAAAAUGUCUCAAGCUGCUGAGUAAGUCCUCUCCUUAUAUAGUUUUUUUUAUUAUGUAGAUAUAUUGUUUACACACAUUUGUGACUAUAUUAGUUUUGGUUAUUCAUUCUGUUAUAUAUAAAAUUAAUAUUAUUAUUUUAGUUUACCCGAAAAUAGUGGUAAUAAUAGUAUAGUAAAAUAAUAAUCUUGACAUUAUGCUCAUUUAUUGCUCACACUAUUUUUAAUCAAAGUGUAAUGGAUAUGAAGAACAUACAAUUAAUUUUUUAAGUUAUUUGAGUCUACUAUUAAUAAUUAUAAUUUGCCAUUAUAGUCAUACAAAAAUGAUUGAUUUUUGAUUUUUAGAGUUGCCGCCUAUUGCUGGUCAUUUCAUUAUGCUAAACGGAUUCUAGAGACUGUAUUUGUUCAUCGCUUUUCACAUAAUACAAUGCCAAUAAUGAAUCUCUUCAAAAACUGUUCAUAUUAUUGGGGCUUUACUGCUUUUGUUUCAUAUUAUAUUAGCCAUCCAUUAUAUACUCCACCAUCAAUAAUCCAAUUUUAUAUUGGUCUUGGUACAUUUAUUGUAAGCUAUUAAUUAAAAUUUUGAUAUUUCAUUAAGAUCAUUAAUUUAAAAUUUAAAAUGUUUUCAGUUUUGCGAAUUAGGAAAUUUAAGUAUUCAUAUUGCACUGCGAAACCUUCGUCCACCUGGUACCAAAGUCAGGCGUAUCCCUGUUGCUACUAUAAAUCCUUUAACAAUUCUUUUCAACUUUGUUUCUUGUCCUAACUACACUUAUGAAGUUGGUAGUUGGAUUGGAUUUACCAUAAUGACAUGUUCACUCCCAGGUAAUUUAUUGUAAUUGAUGUUUUAUUUGUUGCACAAUUAUAAAACAUUUCUGUUAUUAUUUUUUAGCUGGAUUAUUUGCAUUUGCUGGAUUUUAUCAGAUGGCAUUAUGGGCUCUUGGAAAACAUAGGAAUUAUAAAAAAGAAUUUUCAGAUUACCCAAAAGGUCGAAAAGCUAUUGUACCAUUCCUUCUUUAAUUAGUUUAAUUUAGUAAUGUACUUUUAAGUUUUUUCUUGGACUGACCUUGAUGGGCAUAUAAUGUUUUAUAGGUGAUUUUUUCUCAAUAUUUUGGUUUGUG